AGGAACUUAGCAAUGAACUUGACUUGCAAAUUCAAGGAGCUGAGAAACCCACUAUAUGGAACAUUUUUGCUGUCCAGUUUAUCCUUCUACCUUACGUUGUUGGCAAGAUAUUGCUUUGGAAAUUCUGUUGGAUCUGGAGAUAUAGGAUAAUGAAGGCUCCGUUAACGUUGGAUGAUGCUAGUUAUCUAACACAGGCUUGCCUCAGAGUGCCUCACGAUGCAUGGAAAAACAUGGAUGAAUCUGCGAAGAAGGAUCUUAUUAUGAAGCGUUUAUGGGACAGAGCUAAUAUGGAGAGUUACAUGGCAGAAACAAGAAGGGAAUCAAAGCGCCGAAGAUGACAUAUCUGCCAGGUUUUUUAGCCUUCCUUUUCUGUUUGAAGAGUUCAACCAUUUUGUUUUCUUUUAAUAAUAAUGUGAGAGACCAUUUUUUAAGUACUGGAAAUAAAAACUGAAGUAGGAA